AUGGCUCUCCUCCCCCAAAUCCUCCACUCUCCUCACCCCCGCCUCACCGCCGCCGCCACCGCCGCCUCCCCCUACCCCUCCCCCUCACGCGCAUUCUGCCGAGCACCACGCCACCUCCAUGCCUCCGCCUCCCGCACCCGGGGCCGCGGCCGCGGCCGCGGCCGCCUCGCCACGGCGGCGGCGGGCGCGUCCGGGCCCGGGCCGUCGUCGCCGGAGCCGUACCCCCCUGAGUCCGACGACGGGCUGGUGGAGCUCCCGCUGUUCCCGCUCCCGCUCGUGCUCUUCCCGGACGCCACGCACGCGCUGCACAUCUUCGAGUACCGCUACCGCAUCAUGAUGCACACGGUGCUGCAGACCGACCUCCGCUUCGGGAUCGUCUUCGCCGGCAACUCCGGGUCCGCCGCCGAGGUGGGCUGCGUCGGGGAGGUCGUCAAGCACGAGCGCCUCGCCGACGACCGGUUCUUCCUCAUCUGCAAGGGCCAGCAGCGGUUCCGCGUCGCCCGCGUCGUGCGCACCAAGCCCUACCUCGUCGCCGCCGUCCAGUGGCUCGAGGACCGCCCGCCCGCCGAGGCCCCGGCACCCGGGGAGGACGCCGAGGCGCUCGCAACCGACGUCGAGGCCCUCAUGCGGGACGUCAUACGCAUCGCCAACCGCCUCAACGGCAAGCCCGAGAAGGAGGUCGGGGACCUGCGCAGGGGCCUCUUCCCCACCCCCUUCUCCUUCUACGUCGGCAACACCUUCGAGGGCGCGCCACGCGAGCAGCAGGCGCUCCUCGAGCUCGAGGACACCGCCGCCAGGCUGCGCAGGGAGCGGGACACGCUGCGCAACACGCUCAACUACCUCACCGCCGCCUCCGCCGUCAAGGACGCAUUCCCAUCCUCGCCGUCUUCGGGGUGA